AGAGAGAGAGAGAGAGAGAGAUAGUAUAUAAUAUGAGAAAAUUAAAUGACACUAAUUUUGAUUAAUAUAUUUUAAUGACAUUUAAUUAUUUGAAUUUUUUCGUUAACAACUUGUUGUGAAAAAACAUGUCCAGCGCUUACGGAUCAGCGGAAACCGGUAGUCGUGUCCAACAACAACAAGAGUUUGAUGGACUGCCCGAACAGUUAGUCCUCGAGAAAACCGGUUUACAAGUAGUGUUUGACGUCUAUCGGGACGAACAGGACUUUGCCGAUAUGUAUGUGAUUUGGCAGGAAAUCAUUGCCGAAGGCCAAACCUAUCCGCAGGACACGGCCACCGAACAAUCGUUUCGUCAAUACUUUUUCUCACAUCACUCGUUUGUAUUUCGGUUGGCCACUAGUGGCCAGACUAUUGGCGGUUUCUAUAUUAAACCCAAUUUCCCGGGCCGAUCAGCACAUUUGGCCAACGUUGGACUGGCCAUCAAAAUGGACUACCGUAGUCACGGUUUGGGCAGCUAUAUGAUGGAACGGGUAGUUAAAUAUGGUAAACUAAUUGGCAGCUAUGAGGCACUCUAUACGAAUCUAGUCUACUGUUCAAAUCUGGCCAGUAUAGCCCUGUGCAAAAAAUACGGUUUCCGUGAAGUCGGUCGGCUGCCACGGGCCGGCAAUCUCAAUGGACACGGCUAUGUCGAUGCGUUGCAAUUGUAUAGAGAUUUACAGGUUGAUUGAAUAUAAUCAUUAUUAUUAAAUAAUUAUUAUUAUAAUUGACAUUUUUUGACAACAAACCUAUUAAUUAUGUGAAUAUAUUGAAUGAUUACCCCCAUAAUAAAUUGGUUUAUUCCCCCACCCCACCCCC